AUGGCGGCGUCCGCAGCAGCAGACAAGGUAUACUUCCACGUGACCCCGCCCGUAAAGGCUAUCCCAUGCCUGACUCCGUUUGGUAUGAAGCUGCAAACAUAUCUGCGCAUGGCUGAUAUUCCGUAUGAACCCGUAUAUGGGAGGAGCAUGGGUCCAAAGGGGAAAAUCCCAUGGAUAGAGUACAACGGGGAAGCCAUGGGAGACUCUGGUCUCAUCAUGGAGUUCCUGAACAGGGAGAAAGGUGUGGACCUGAACCGGACCCUGAGUGAUGCAGACAAGGCUGUCAGCAGGGCCUUCACUAAGAUGGUAGAGGAGAACACAUACUGGGGGCUUACUCAAUACAGGUGGAUAGAUAACUACGACAAGUUACAGGAGCUAUUUGAGGUUCCCUGGAUCGCCAUGAUCUUUCUCAGACACGCGAAAGGAAACGUUAAACAGAAACUGAUGGCUCACGGCAUCGGGCGACACUCCAGGGAACAGAUAGAAGGCAUCAUGGAGAAAGAUCUCAAAGCCAUCUCAACUUUCCUGGGUACUAAACCUUAUCUGAUGGGAGAUGAGCCUACUGAGGUGGAUGCAGCAGUGUUCGGUCAGCUGUCGGAGAUAGUUUGGACCGCGCCCGGCUCCUACCUACACAGGAUUGUCACUGUGGACUGUCCCAACCUGCAGGCCUAUUGCAGCCGUAUCAAGGACCGCUAUUGGUCAGACUGGGAUCAGCUGACGGGAAACACCAACCACUAA